CAGUGAAUUGAGCCGUGAGGAGAAGCCCUACUGCCGUGCCGAUAACAACCGCACGAAUGAGAGGACUGUAACGGAUAUCCAUAUCAAUUUACUCUUCAUAACUUGGUUGAACCCUUAGACCGUUAAACAAAACGUUCAUUUUUCAAACGCACUGGUGUGGUUCUUUCAUUCGGAGGGCUCGCCCUUUCUCCGGGAGUCUGAAUGGAAGGCGCUGAAGGAGCGUUUGGGCUGUCUGAAGCCAGGGAUGGGAGUCCGUUGUCCGGAGCCACAGCAUCUGAUGACACAGACACUGUCGUUGGAGUUAGCUAUGGAAUGGAUGCCGGCGAUAUGGAUGCUGCUGCUAGAAAGGCCUUCAUCACAGAGAUGCCCUCAUCUUCCGGCCUGCCCGGCCAGGGGAAGAAGAUCGGCCACAGAGGAGUGGACGCGUCGGGGGAGACCACCUACAAGAAGACCACCUCCUCUGCCCUGAAAGGAGCCAUCCAGCUGGGCAUCGGCUACACGGUGGGGAACCUGAGCUCCAAGCCUGAGAGGGACGUGCUCAUGCAGGACUUCUACGUGGUGGAGAGCAUCUUCUUCCCCAGUGAAGGCAGCAACCUGACCCCAGCACACCACUUCCCUGACUUCCGUUUCAAGACGUACGCCCCCGUCGCCUUCCGCUACUUCAGAGAGCUGUUUGGGAUCCGACCAGACGACUACCUUUAUUCCCUGUGUAAUGAGGCCCUGAUCGAGCUGUCGAACCCCGGGGCCAGCGGCUCGGUGUUCUACCUGACGAAGGACGAUGAGUUCAUCAUCAAGACCGUCAUGCACAAGGAGGCGGAGUUUCUUCAGAAGCUGUUGCCUGGAUACUACAUGAACUUGAACCAGAACCCUCGCACCCUGCUUCCCAAGUUCUUUGGCCUGUACUGCGUCCAGUCCGGAGGGAAGAACAUCCGGAUGGUGGUGAUGAACAACGUCCUCCCCAGGGUGGUCCGCAUGCACCUCAAGUACGACCUGAAGGGCUCCACCUACAAGCGCCGCGCCUCCAAGAAGGAGCGCGAGAAGGCCCGGCCCACCUUCAAGGACCUGGACUUCAUGCAGGACAUGCCUGAGGGGCUGCUGCUGGACCAGGACACCCACAGCGCGCUGGUGAAGACCCUGCAGAGAGAUUGUCUGGUGCUGGAGAGCUUCAAGAUCAUGGACUACAGCCUGCUCCUGGGGGUGCACAACCUGGACCAGGCGGAGAGGGAGCAGCAGCUGGAGGGCUCGCAGGGCAGCAGUGACGAGAAGAGGCCCGUGGCCCAGAAGGCCCUCUACUCCACCGCCAUGGAGUCCAUCCAGGGGGGCGCGGCCUGCGGAGAGUCCAUCGACACUGACGACACGAUGGGAGGUAUCCCAGCAGUCAAUGUGAAAGGCGAGCGCCUGCUCCUGUACAUCGGUCUGAUCGACAUCCUGCAGUCAUAUCGCCUUAUAAAGAAACUGGAGCACACAUGGAAAGCGUUGGUUCACGACGGGGACACGGUCUCUGUCCAUCGGCCAGGCUUCUACGCUGACAGGUUCUUCAAGUUCAUGAACAGCACAGUCUUCAAGAAGAGUUCCUCGCUGAAGUCGUCUCCGUCUAAGAAGGGGCGCGUGGCGCUGGCGGUGCCCAAGUACUGCGGGCCGGGCGCGGCCUGGUCCGCCAGCCAGCUGGCCUCCGAGAGAGACGAGAACAUCUACGACCUGAGAGGAACCCGGAGCUUCCCCACCCUGGAGGACGAGGGGAGACAGGACCUCCCCUGCACCCCUCCCUCGUUUGAGGAAGCCACCACAGCCUCCAUCGCCACCACGCUCUCCUCCACCACCUCUCUGUCCAUCCCAGAGCGGUCGCCCUCGGACACCGCAGAGCACCCCCGCUACAGGAGGCACACCCAGUCUGUUAGCCACGAUGGCAGGACCCAGGAGGAGCAGCAAACCAUCACGGUGGAGGUGGAGGUGAAGAGACACGACAGCGAGCCCACCAUCACUGUCCCGCAGCCCUCGUCAGAGAACAGUGAUAUACCCGAGGUGGCGGAACCUGCUGCUCCACCACCCUCCAGCAGUCCUCCACCACCUUCCAUCUCUCCUCCCCCACCCUCCGGCUCUCCUCCCCCACCCUCCGGCUCUCCUCCCCCACCCUCCAGCUCCUCACCCCUGGGCACGGAGGCCGGCGAGGCGGCUGAGACCCCGGGCAGCCCCAGGGUGGGGCUGGACUCUGACAGGGUCAGCCAGGUGUCCGGCUCCGGCUGCACCAGCCAAGCCUCCGUUGACGACGAGGACGACGUGCCAAUCACAGACAUCUACUUCCCUCCAGAGGACAGGACCUGGGUGUACUCUCCUCUGCACUACUCAGAGGCUAAAAGCCUCCCGGAUGGAGAGGAGGAGAGCCAGACAGUAAGUGAGAAGAACCAGACUGCAGCCGACGGGGACCCCCGUCCCGUCCCAGAGCGAAGCGCGCAUCGCGGGACUAAACAUCCCAGAGUAGGAGUGGCGAUCGCAGACGCCCCCCCCCCCCCGUUCCUGUCCACGUCUCUUUGUCAGUCAGUGCUACAUGGACCACACACAAGUGUGUCCGAACCAACAGCACUUCCAUUGAACGAGCUGUUGCUCCAGUUUUGACUGUCCAGCAGGCUAUAGGCUUAGAUCUGAGACCAGGAGGCUAAGCUACAGGGUGUGUGUGGGCUGCCUUGCCCACUGAUAGACAGCCUGUAUGACCAUGUGGUGCCCACCCCUGCCUCCACCACGCCACACACACGUCUACCGCCAGCAUGCUCCCCCCCACCGCACCCCCGCACGAGGCUCCAGCUACACCCGUCUGUCUCAUGAAACCCCCACACUCCCAUGUGCUCAAGGUGUCACAUGACACAUAAAAUAAAUGUUCAGAUAUAUUGAACCCAUGAAUAACAUUACAAUCCUUUACCACUCAAACAAAGAGAAAGGUAGAGAGAGAAAAAAAAGUUGGAUCUAUGACAAAUAUGAUUAUAGUCGUUUCUAGGAUCAUGUGUUGGCAGAGUGACAUAAUCAGGGUCUGUUUUGGCUCUGAAGGUUUAUGAUCGUGAAUAUAAUAGUCUGUGUCUUCACACCCAUGUACGAUGAGAUUUAUAAUUUUGUGUCUCUUCUUUCUUCCUUUCAAUGUCUUCCUCUCUUUAUUCCUGCCUCUCAUUCUGUCUCUCU